GCGCCUCUUCGGAGAGCCGUUAUCUGGAGCUGUACAACUGGGUCAGCGGAAAAGCCUCCCCGGCCUUCCCCCAACCUGACAACUCCGGACCCCUGGAUGUGGACAUGCGUCUUACCAAACUGGAUGUCGUUGAUGUGGACAGUGCCAACAACCUGGUCACUUUGAUCGCCAGAAGAAGGGUUCUGUGGGCUGACCGUAAUCUGGCUUUUGACCAGGCCCUGUUUAACGUGUCCUGUGUGUAUGCUGCGGCCACCAACAUCUGGACUCCUGACAGUACCUUCUACAACUCUGCUAGCCAGGAGCAUGUGUUGAAUCGUGAGGUCAUUGUCUUCGCCGGAGGUGAGUUGCUGGAAAUUGAAAGAGUCCAGGUGACCAUCAACUGUAAUGUCAAAGGUGUGAACACCUACACUGGCGCCACCUGCCACCUCCAACUUGGCUCCUACGGUUUGGGAAAUGAGCUGUUCCGUCUGAGAGAGCCCAAGGACAACUGGACCUUCCAUCUGGAGUCGGCUUUCAACGGAGCCUCCCCCUACGAGCUUCUGUCUGGUGACGUCAGCAGAUCUGUGGAGCCCUACGCUUCCGGUGACCCCGAGCAGCACUACUACGAUGCCCUGACCUUCACCUUCAGCUUCAGAAGGAAGUGGGGCGGUCAGUAAAUCUGGGGUGGGUUGAUCAACUCUUGUCUGUCUGAUGAUUGACUCCCAUCGUCUGUUUGUUUUGAUGGAGAAAUUCCCUGAACUUGUCUCCCCUGAUACGGAAGAUAUUUACCGAAAUAGGGACAAAACAUUGGCGUCUUAUACAAGGCGUGGUCUACAAUGCGAACGAAAACUGGAUCACAUUUUUCAAGUGCAAGAAACACUUUUGAUAUGAAUAUCCUGAAAUAAACGAGGGUGAAAUCUA